CGACGCCGGACCUCGCGCCCUGCGGCCUCCCCACCGUCGCUUCUGACUGGAGCCGGGGGCCUCUGUGUUUCUCUGUUGCUCCUGGCAACAGCCACUUCCGGGAGCGAGUGCGCCCCCCUCCCCCCCCCGCCGCGUCCCUCCAAGGCGGGCGCGCGAGCCCCGGGUUCCGGUCUCUAAGCAGCGGUUAGUCGGUGGUCGCGGGUCCCCCUCGGGUUACGGCCUCCCGGGCCUCCUCGCCGCCGCGGCGGGGUCUCCGGGGCCGCCAUGGUUCUGCUGCACGUGAAACGGGGCGACGAGAGCCAGUUCCUGCUGCAGACGCCGGGGAGCACGAAGCUGGAGGAGAUCACGGUGCGGGUGGCCCAGGUCUACAACGCGCGGCUCAAGGUGCAGCGCAUCUGCUCAGAAAUGGAAGAAUUAGCAGAACAUGGCAUAUUUCUCCCUCCUAAUAUGCAAGGACUGACCGAUGACCAGAUUGAAGAACUGAAAUUAAGGGACGAAUGGGGUGAAAAGUGUGUACCCAGUGGGGGCUCAGUAUUUAAAAAGGACAACAUUGGCCGAAGAAAUGGGCAAGCUCCAAAUGAAAAAAUGAAGCAAAUUUUAAAGAAGACUAUAGAAGAGGCCAAAGCAAUAAUAUCGAAGAAACAAGUGGAAGCUGGAGUCUGCGUUACCAUAGAGAUGGUGGAAGCUGCCCUGGACCAGCUGCGAGGUGCUGUGAUGAUUGUUUACCCCAUGGGGCUGCCUCCCUAUGAUCCCAUCCGGAAGGAAUUUGAAAAUAAAGAAGACUUGUCUGGAACUCAGGCAGGACUGAAUGUCAUUCGUGAAUCAGAGGCCCAACUGUGGUGGGUGGCCAAGGAGCUAAGGAGAACAAAGACGCUUUCCGACUAUGUGGGCAAAAAUGAAAAAACCAAAAUUAUCGUCAAGAUUCAGCAAAGAGGACAAGGAGCUCCAGCCCGAGAACCAGUGAUCAGCAGUGAGGAGCAGAAACAGCUGAUGCUGUACUAUCAGAGAAGACAAGAGGAGCUCAAGAAAUUGGAAGAAAAUGACGAUGACUCCUGUUUAAAUUCUCCGUGGGCAGAUAACACUGCUUUGAAAAGACAUUUCCACGGAGUAAAAGACAUCAAGUGGAGGCCAAGAUGAAGUUCUCCAGCUGACGACGCUGUCAGAAAUACUAGCUCACCUUUCAUUUGAGCAAAAUAAUACAAACUUAAAAAAAUAAUAAUAAUAGUAAUGGUAGUAAGGUGUUGAAUUUCUAGUUUUCUUAAUUUUUCUUUCAGUUUGAAUGUUUAAAAAUUAUUCAACGUUUCAGAACUUAAUAAAUACAUCCUCAGAAGAA